AAAGGUACAUUUUGUAACUCGUUUUGUUCAAUAUCAUGAAACCAUUUCACUUGGCGUCAGCCUGUUGGUCAUUCCAAUUAAGGAAAUUGAGAAGGUGGUGUGUGUGUGUGUGUGUGUCUGUGGUCAGCUCAGUCAGUGUGUGGGAGUGUAAACCAGCAGGAGGGAGGGAGGAUAAAUCUCAGAGCAUAGCUGGCUCUGUCUCAGUCUUUCUCUGGCAAGCUACAGAGUACAGACUUUAGGAUUAUACACCACACUCCUAUAUUCAAUCUCUCUCCUUUAUCUCACUCUCCUCUCUUUCUCGCUCUCGCUCUCGCUCUCGCUCUCGCUCUCGCUCUCGCUCUCGCUCUCGCUCUCUCGUCCUCUCCUCCCCUCUCCUCUCUCUCUCUCUCUCUCUCUCUCUCUCUCUCUCUCUCUCUCUCUUUCUCGCUCUCGCUCUCUCUCUCUCUCUCUGUAUGUGACUCUCUCAGUACUAGGGUCUUUAGGUUGCUACUGUUAAAAGACACUGUGGAAGCGGUAGGGGGAGUGGCUGGGACUUCGAUGCCUUCAUAAGGACUGGAGCUCGUUGUCUAGUGGAUCGCAACCUGGACUGGACUCAGCUCUGGGACUUGGUUGAGGAACUGUUGGGACUUGGUUGAGGGACUGUCGGGUCGUGGUUGAGGAACCGUUGGGACGUGGUUGAUGGACUGUUGGGACUUUAGCAAGUCUUCCAGGAAGAUUUCUAGACUCUUUUGGAGCAGAGAGUUAAGGAUCCGGUCCUGUCCUCAACUUGUCCAUGAGUGGAGCAGGUCUGUGUGAUUUGGUGUGUGUGUGAACAUUCCUGUGUGUGUGUGAGUGAGUGUGUGACUUGGUGUGUGUGAGUGUGUGUGUCUGUGACUUGGUGUGCGUGUGAGUGUGUGUGUGACUUGUUGUGUGAGAGUCCCUUUGUGACUUGGUGUGUGUGAGUGUGUGUGUGUGAUUUGGUGUGUGUGAGUGAGUGUGUGACUUGGUGUGAGUGUGUGUGUGUGAUUUGGUGUGUGUGAGUGAGUGUGUGACUUGGUGAGUGUGUGUGUGUGAUUUGGUGUGUGUGACUUGGUGUGUGUGAGCUUUCCUGAGUGUGUGUGUGUGUGUGAGUGUGUGUGUGUGAGUGUGUGACUUGGUGUGUGUGAGCUUUCCUGAGUGUGUAUGUGUGUGUGCCUGUGUGUGCGUGUGUGUGAGUGAGUGUGUGAUUUAGUGUGUGUGAGUGAGUGUGUGACUUGGUGUGUGUAAGUGUGUGUGUGAUUUAGUGCGUGUGAGCGUUCCUGUGUGUGUGUGUGCGAGUGUGUGUGAGUGAGUGUGUGACUUGGUGCGUGUGAGCGUGCGUGUGUGUGUGUGAGCGUGCGUGCGUGCGUGCGUGCGUGUGUGUGUGUGUGUGUGUGUGUGUGUGUGUGUGUGUGUGUGUGUGUGUGUGUGUGUGUGUGUGUGUGUGUGUGUGUGUGUGUGUGUGUGUGUGUGCGUGUGUGUGUGUGUGUGCUAGCUCAGCCAGGAUGAGUGUCCCCAUGUUAAAGAUAGGAGCGGUGCUGAGCACCAUGGCCAUGGUCACUAACUGGAUGUCCCAGACACUGCCCUCUCUAGUGGGGCUCAACGCCACCAGUCCUGACGGGAACCACCAGAGGAUCAUCAGCGCGUUGUAUCCGGGUCCAGAUGAAGGCUGGCAGGUGUACAGCUCGGCAUCGGACCCUGAUGGGAAGUGUGUGUGUACAGUGGUUGCUCCCGCUCAGGACCUCUGCAAACGAGACCCCCGCAGCCGUCAGCUACGCCUACUCACAGAACAGGUGCAGAACGUGAGUCAGUCUAUGGAGGUGAUGGAUCUGAGUACGUCUAGAGACCUGCAGUACGUCAGAGAUACUGAACCACUACUGAGAGGAGUAGACGGACACAUACACACCUACACCACCAACCCACGCAGACUCACUAAGAAGGGCCUGCAGGAGUUGAAGGGUCAGAUGUCUCAGCUGCGCCCCCUGUUGUCGGUGAUUGACCAGUACAGGUUAGACCUCCAGACCCUGGCCGUGCUCCGAGCGGAGGUCCUUAACCUGUCAAUCAUCCUGACAGCCAUUCAGGAGGAGGUGGGGGCCUACGACUAUGAAGAACUACAACAGAGAGUGCUACUGCUGGAGACGAGGCUGCACGCCUGUAUGAACAAACUGGGCUGUGGGCGAUUAACGGGGGUGAGCAUCCCUAUCACUGUUAGAGCGUCGGGCUCCCGCUUCGGAUGCUGGAUGACUGACGCCAUGAUACCCAGCUCUGACAGCAGGGUGAGUGUGUUUGUCAGGUUGGGGGGGGGGGACAGGUGAGGUCAGAAAGCCUUG